AUGUCUAGUUGGGCACAGCAACGAGAAGCCAUCCGCCGAGCGGCCCAGGGCGGCGUCAGAGCGAGGACGAACGCCCAGGGCUCGCAGCGGCUCCCGCUCGCCAACAACCGCCUGCGCGAGGUCCUCCUGUCCCGCCCCAACGGCGAGCUCACCAGAGCGGGCCAGUUCUACUACGGCCUCCUGGGAGGCCGCCCCCCCUCCAGACAAUUCGACGAGCAACAGCCCCUGAUCCGCGAAGGCCCCACAGACUACAUCCUCCUCCGCUCAGGCCUCAAGAAGCCCGUGCGCUCGCUGCAGCCCGACGGCAGCUACCGCCUCACCAAACUCGGGAAAUCCUUCUUCCGCGACAAGUACACGGAGUGGCUGGCCCACGUCCCCGUCCGCAUCACGGGCACCCGGCAGCGCGGCCGCAACGCCGGGCGGGCCUACAUGCGCGAGGACUUCCUGCCCGUGACCGUGGUCAACGGCAGCCUCUCCCGCCAGUCCAGCGGCCUCAGCGACGCGCAGGCCCACGCCCGCGAGACGUACCGCUACGACGCCAACCGGGACUGGGCCUUCUCCAACCAGACCCUGCAGGCCAUCGACAACCGGGCGCAGACGGAGGUCGCCCUCCGGCAGCCCAUGGGCGCGCUCCAGGAAAUCAGCUACCAGCUGUACAACGGCUCCGAGAUUCUGCCCAGCGCCUUCGAAGCUAGAGGCGUCCUGAGUGACUUCGACGCCAUCUGCGACAAGGGCUGGGAGGAGCGGGGCACCACCGCGCUGGAGCGCGGCGCUCCCAUGUUCUUCGUCAGCUGCGGCGGCCAGCUCAUCGACGCCCACCAGCCGCCCGUCAAGGAGAACAAGGCCGUGGCCUUCACCUGCUACCAGGGGCACGCCUACUUUUACAAGUCGGCCCGGGCGGUCUCGCUCCACGGCGCCGCCCUUCUCCGAGUGGCGGCCCUGGGCUGGCCGCAUCGAGACCUGCGAAAGGUCCGGGCCACGCUGCUCGCGCAGGGCCACCAGCCCAAGGUGACCAUGCGCUCCCUGUGCGACUGGCGGGCCCUCCGCCUCCGCGUCAGGGACGCCCCCGACUGCGUCGUCACGCAGUACCCCGAAUACGCCGAGAUCCUUCGGGCCUGGAUGCAGCAGCUAGGGCUGGAGUACCGAGGCCAGCGCCUGGCGGGCGCCGCCACCGAAGCCUUCCAGCACCUCCUCAAAGCGAGGCGCCUGGACGCGCGCGGGAGCCGGGACCACAUCUUGGAGGAGCAGAACCACCUGUGCAAGCUCUGCUCCGCACCCAUCGAGCUGGGCUUAUGUGAGUUCGACCACGUGGUCCCUGUGCACAGGCCGUGGAGGGCCAGGAGCAAGUGCUGCAGGCCCUGUGCCUGGAGUGCCACCGCACCAAGCCUACGUGCAGAGCCCGCGCCCGCCGCCGCUGGUCUGCAAGCUGGCGAAGCGCGACCCCGAGCGGGUCUGCUGGGGCGUGGACGUGUGCGCUGCCGCAAGAACGCCCUGGCCAACGCGACCUUCCCCCUGCCCGUCUUCAGCCCAUUGGAUUCUGUGGAGCACGCGCGGGAGGGGCACCUGGCGGAUUUGACCUACGUGGACUUGCACUGCGACGACCGGCAAGCCCUGCUUCGGAAGCUCCCCUACCUGGGCCGGGGCUGGUACUCCAAGCCCGCGGCCGCAUACCUGCUGGAAACAAACCAGGCGACCUGGAGCGAUUUCAAGUGGUCCCUGGACGCCACAGCGCACGUGGAGCCCCGGUGCCUCGCCCAGGCCCUGGAGAAGAUGGAGGACGCCUGGCCAGAGGGCGAGGAGCACAUGGCCAAGCUCAGCGUCAAUGCGCUCAUAGGGCUCUGGGUCCGGAACCAGGACCUGGUCUACAGCAUGCGCACCAGCAACCACGAGCUGGACGCCACUGGCUGCCAGUGGCGCCAGACCUUCACCGACGCCGCCGGCAAGGUGCACUGGGACCACAUCUACGCCACGGAGCUCUUCAGCAACUACACGCUGCGGCCGCUCCACGACUACGUCAUGGCCCAGGAGCACGUGGCCGUCGCGAAGAUCCGCCGACCUGCCCAAAAAGUUCCGCUCACGGCCCGGAAGCACCCCGACGGCACACCCGUGUACCGCUUCGAGGAGUGCAAGAGCCUGGAGGGCCAGUACCGGGAGCCGCGCAUCGAGGCGCCCUACCUGGACUGGCCGCCGGGCUGGCAGCGCGUGGAGGACCCCCUCCUGCACUGCCUCAACGGCAAGAGCCUGCUCCUCUCCGGCAUGCCCGGCACCGACAAGACGCACCUGGCGCGCCAGAUCGUGGCGCAGCUCUGCGAGCUCGGGGAGGUGGUGAAGCUGGUCAGCAAGACUCACUGCUCCGUGCAGAACCUGGGCGCGGGAGCGCAGACGGCAGACCGCUUCGUUCGGAGGAGCAUCCGCAACGGGAGCUGCGAGCUGGACCGAUUGGUCAUCGAGGAGAUCACGCAGCUGGACUCCAGCCUCUGGGCCGACAUCGCGGAGCUGUCCCUGAACCCUAAGGUGAAGUUCCUCCUCCUGGGCGACUUCCAACAGCUGCCGACAGUGCUGGACGCUUUGGGGGGUGCGCCGGUGACGAAGCCCCUCAAGAGGUCCCGGCUGCUCCACGACCUGGCGGGCGGGUUUUAUCACGAGCUCACGGAGAACCACCGGAGCGACGGGGCCAUCUUCGGCUUCCUUCAGUACUUGAGGGUGGACGAGGCGGAGGAGCCGCCGCUGCACGAGGCCCUGCAGCUGGCCCGGGAGCGCUUCCCGAGGCGGGGGCAGCCCGACACCUGCCUGGUGAUCAGCCACGCGAACCGCAUGCGGCUCAACGAGCAGCACAACCGGAGGAUGGCGCCGGAAGGAGCGGUGACCCUGCGCUACGAGAACAGCCCGCAGACCAUGCGAGUCUGGCCGGGCCUGCGCCUCGUGGGCGCGGGGGGAAAAGUGGCCAAGGGCUGCUUCGUCACUGUGUCAGAAGCGAGCCCGGAGAGCGUGAAGCUCGAGACGGGGGAGCGCUUCACGCACGCGGAGCUCCUGCGCCACACGCGGCUCUGCCACGCCAUCACCUACGCCAGCUGCCAGGGCCUCACCCUGCCCGCACUUCGAGCUGCGCCACCUCGCGGGCCACGAGCGCUGAGCUGGAGGUCGGUGACCAUCAAGAUCCCCCAGCUCGGCGGCAUGAGCCAGCACUGGCGCAGCUCCACCUUGAGCUUGCAGCUCCGGCCGGCCAGGUCGCCGGGGUCCGGCAGCGGCUGGCCGCUGGUGUCCCAGAUGCGCACGCGGUCCCAGUUCAGCUUGAACUUGACGAAGCUGUUGCCCCGGGAGCUGGUCUUUCAGGCAGGACUGCAUGCGGGCCUCCACUUCGUGGGGCACCAGGCCCUUGCCGAAGAUCUUGGAGUCGCGGAAGGACUGCUGCGAGAGCAGCUCCACCACCUGCCGCUCGAUCUCCUGGAGCUGCGCCACCGCGGUCUCCUCGGGCUCGAGGCAGACGGGCACGCGCUUGGCCUCGGGGUCGUUGAAGGCGGCGGGCUGCCAGAUGAUCUUCUGAACUUCGGCGGACUGCCACACUGGCGGGCCGCUGCCCUCGCCGCGCAGGGGCACACUCUUGCCGCCCUUGGCGUUGGUCAGAAGCUCUCCCAGCUGGAUCGCCAUGGUUGGCGCGGCUUGCUGCGCUGA